AUAAUAAUUUUAUUUUAACCAAACUUUAUAUCAAAGCUCACGAAUGCUUUGCACACGAAUGCGAUGUGAAAGGGAUUGCACUUGUCUUGAGAAAGACCCGACUUUUUAUUACUCAGAAUUUACUUCAAUUAAAAGAUUUCAAUUCAAUUUUGCGAUUAAUGACAGGAAUCGGGAGAUAUUCUGAAAUGACUUAUUGUUUUGAUUUGUUUAAAGAGAACAAUGAAUUUGAACUUCUCCUCAGCAAACGUAUAGAAAAGGCGCCUCAAUUGAGAAUAGCAUUACUCGACUACUUGAAGGGUGACAAAGAGGUCUUCCCGUUAGUGGCCCUUCGCUUCUGUCUUUACAGAGAAAUCGCUGAAAAUCACGAAAUAUCUGCAAAACAACAGUUUAAUGAUUUGAAAUACAAGUUGACCACAAAUCUGAUGAGCCAUAGGGACCAACUCGAGACCAUUAUGUAUGAGUUCAUUGACGCGCACGAGAGCUACUCGAAGGCCGGU